UGUUGAUGAUCCCCAUACUUUUGUGGACCUCUCUGUGUCAACUUCAAAUCCGGUUCUACUGAUGAGGUCUUCUGCUUACUACCCUAAAUAUGGGAUUGGGGCAUUUGCAGUCUACCCUUUGAUUUCAAAAAAGGAGGGAAACUUAUCUGAACAAUAUAGAAUCAUGGGGUUGAGAUAUGGCUCACCAAAUUUGUCUAUCGGAGCUACUGUCACUCCUUUUUCUGCGAAUAACGAAUUGCCAAAACAUGCAUGGCUUGUAAGCAAGAUGGGAAGGUUUACAGUAGGAGUGCAGUAUGAGCCGCUACAUGGAAGCGACGAUAUGGCAAAGUACACAGACCAAAGAAACUGGAGUUGUGCUGCUGGCUAUGGAGUAGGGUCAAAAAGCCCCUUGAGUCCUUCGUUUAACAUUGGGAUUGAACUAGCAAGAAGCUCUCAGUUUAUCGCUUCGUUCUACCAACACAUAGUGGUUCAAAGAAGGGUGAAAAAUCCUUUUGAAGAAAACCAAGUAGUUGGAAUCACAAACUACAUCGAUUUAGGUUUCGAGCUACAGUCGAGGGUUGAUGAUUCCAAGAAGCCAGACAAUGCCGCAGAUUCUUUAUUGCAGAUGGCUGCGUCUUGGCAGGCCAAUAAGAACUUCUUGCUGAAGGGUAAAGUCGGGGCUCGAAGCUCAACAUUCUCGUUAGCAUUCAAGUCGUGGUGGAAACCAUCUUUUGCAUUCAAUCUUUCAGCAACGACUAAUCAUCGGACUGGAAACGUGGAAUGUGGGUUCGGUAUCCGUGUUGAUAACAUAAGAGAAGCCAGUUACCAAAGAGCUGAUCCAAACUUUGUAAUGCUGACACCGAACAAAGAACAUUUGGCUGAAGGGAUUGUGUGGAAAACGGGGAAGAGACCAAUGUAUCAAUCCGAUGUGGACUCCGAGAAUUUCAAUGAAGUGCCAAAAGAACUAAGACCGUCCCAGAAGAUUCUCUAAACUUUAACCGUAUUUUUUUUUGCACUUUUUAUCUACUAGAGAUCGACCAAGUCACGUUUCUAAUAAGCUCGAGUAAAAGAUUCUAGAGAUAUAGAAUAGGCUAAUAGGAAUAACCAUUUACUCGUACGGGAGUAGGAGGAUACAAGUUCUAAUUUUCUAGUGUUCAAAAUUAAGGGCGGCUAAUCUGGAUUAAUGUUCGUUACUAGGCUGUUGGUUCUUUUCUCAGUUUUAUUUUUUUUAUAAGAAGCAAAAUCAUAUACUGGUUAAAUGGUUUAACUAGUUCGGUUACUCUCGGUUCUUUUCUCAGUUUUAAUAUUUGGUUUUGUUUCGGUUCGGUA